AUGGAAGCCAUAGGCCUAGUGGCCAGCAUAAUUACCCUCGUCAGCGCAGCCAGCCAUGUCGCCUCGAUCUUGGAACGAGUAUGGGGCCUGCGCGGCAUUUCCCUCAACGUGCUUGGAGCGAUCAACGAAGUCACCGACUUCAAGGCUACUCUCACGUUGGUGCAGAGAUCAUUAGAAGAAACCCAGGACCAGCUUCCGCUAGAACAUCGGGUCGAAUACAACAGACUUUUGGAUCGAGCAACGAGCUGUGUCGACGCCUUCACUAAGCAUCUACUGGAGAAUGUGCUACGUAAGCGAGAAAAAGUGGCCGGUGCUGAUAAAGUCAUAGAGUUGAGGAGACGUGCGAGGUGGAUGGAAGUGUUGGGAGGAGGUCAAGCGCAAUCUCGGAUUAACACAUACCAGCAGGAGCUGGCUUCAUUGAAAAUGAGCUUCGUAUUGGCGAUGAGUGCGACAAACUUGUAA